CUUUUGACAUGGAUUUUGAUCGGCUGGUCUAUGGCUGGCAUGCUGCUCUAUGUUUGGGAUAUCCCAUCCACCUCUACCGAGGAGUUGCAGUGAGAGCGAAAGGUUUUUGGGAGCAUAACCUACGGAUUCCGGUAGGUACAUCCAGAGUCAAACGAAGAAGCACCUAGGUGAUCUCGUGCUAUCUAUGUCUAGAGACCCAGGUUAACAGAGGGUUCCAACAAGGUCUCUCCUGAAAGUUUCCCAGGGACAAAACUGUCUUCAACCCAAAAUAGCCAAGGCAAUUCCUUGUUCCAUGCAUGUUCGAGAUUCCCCCAAUCGCUAUCAUUUCCAAGCUACGAUCUCCGUCUCGAACUACCCUGGAGUCUAGUAUUUCACCAAGAUAUUCAGAUUUCUGGGCCCCCGCAGCAUUUGGCUCUGUCGAUUAAAUCCCAUCAAGCGAAGAUCUACACUGCGCAACCAUACUAUGCCUUAUCACAAGCAUAAAAAUCUCCCCAUGAGUACGGCGCGCUGCCCGUUCCUCGUUCCCCAUCCUUCUACAGCAGCAUUUCCGCCACCUUUGAGCCAGGCGAGGAGCAAUAAUGGCCACCAAUGGCACCUCUAACUAGUAUAAGAGACCUCUGUUCUUCUCCUCCCGACCCCCCUCAUCAGCAACAGCCCCAAGGAUAGCCUACGGUCAUCCCUCACCUUGAGCCCUUCAUUUGCGAGCCUCACUAUCUCUCCAUAAUGGCCCCACCCCAUGCCGACGAUCAGCACUUUGCAGGCUCCGCCUACCCGCCAAACUGGAUUCCAGUGGUGGAGAAGCCCCUACACACCCCAAAACGACUGAGAAUCGUUACUGUAGGUGCUGGGUAUUCUGGGUUGAUGCUUACGUACAAGAUUCGAGACCAGUUCAAGUACGGGGACUUUAUGGACCACGUUAUCUAUGAGAAAAAUGUAAUCUCCCCCGGUGUCACUUGUUAUAGUUCUAAUUAGCCUCUCCGUAGCACGAUAUUGGGGGGACGUGGCUUGAGAACAGAUACCCAGGUACACCCCCAAGACCAAUAUUCCCCUAUCCUUCCUAUGGGGCACUAACAGGAAGCCUUUUCCGGUCAGGGGUUGCCUGUGAUGUUCCUGCGCAUAUAUACACCUUCUCAUGGGAGCCUAAUCCAGACUGGAGCGAGUUUUAUGUGGGUGGAGAAGAGAUCUUCCAAUACAUGAAGCGCACUACGGCGAAAUACGACCUUGCAAGGGAUGUUAUUUUCAACUCCAAGGUUACGGAGGCCAUCUGGAACCAGGGGAGAGGGAAAUGGGAGCUCAAGAUUGAGCAGGAGGGACGAUUCAUCUGGGACGAAUGCGAUAUUUUUAUAAACGCCUCAGGGAUCUUGAAGUGAGCUACCCCCCCUCCUACCCUCGAUCAAUUUCUAACCUGAUAAAAGCAAGUGGAAGUUUCCAUCCAUUGAAGGAAUAAAUUCUUUCCAGGGGCAUUUGGUGCAUAGUGCAAAAUGGUGAGCUUAGGUGUCGUUUGUUUGAAUUCAGGUGCUACAUAAGUACUGACGCUUUCCAGGGAGGAUAAUUAUGACUUUUCUGGAAAGAGAGUUGGUAUCAUUGGAAACGGCUCUUCUGCGAUCCAGAUCGUCCCCAAACUACAGAAAGUAGUUGGACACCUGGUAAACUUCAUGCGUACCCCAACCUGGAUCAGCGCGACAUACUCUUCCGAGUUUCUUCCCGAUGGAAAGAACUUCUAUUGUAAGACUCGUUUAACUUCCUCUCAUAAGAAUCCCUCCAUAACCUUUCGACGACCAGAUACAGAAGAGAAAAAGGCCGAAUUCCGGAACAAUCCCAAGAUGUUAGCCGAGUAUCGCAAAAAAAUUGAGAACGGCUUCAACAAAUUUUUCUACGCCCUUCUCAACGACUCCCCUGCCCAAGCUGCUGUGACGGAGCAGUAUACGCGGAUUAUGUCUGAACGCCUCGGUAACAACCCUGAGCUCAUCAAGAAAUUCAUACCAAGUUGGCGCGUUGGUUGCCGUCGUCUCUCUCCCGGAGAAGGGUAUCUAGAGGCCCUGCAGGCUCCCAAUGCGAAAUAUACAUGGGAUGCCAUCGAACGCAUUACCGAGAAGGGUAUCGUGACAUCCGCUGGCGAAAUCGAGCUCGAUGCGAUCGUGUGCGCCACGGGUUUCGACGUCUCUUUCAUGCCCCAGUGGAGAAUGCGAGGGCUCAACGGCUCUACAUUGGACAAAUGGCGGGACGACCCCGAGGGAUACUUGGGAAUAUUCGCCCCCAACAUGCCCAAUUACUUCAUCGUUAACGGGCCCAAUUGCCCCGUCGGACACGGCUCACUUCUCUCUGUCAUGGAGUGGACAACAGAGUACAUUAUCCGCUGGGCAAAAAAAAUGGCCUCCGAGGAUAUCAAGCAAGUAGCCCCAACCCCCCCAUCCCCCAUCCAUUUUUAUUCUUAUUUCCUUAUUCCUUUUUUUCUUUCUUAAAAAAAAAAGAACAUUCUAACAGGAUUCUCCAGAGCCGUGAUAGUAAAACCUGACGUAGUCCGGGAAUGGAAUGUGUACGCCCAAGAAUAUCUCAAGCGCACUGUCUGGACGAGUGGUUGCCGCUCUUGGUACAAGAAUGGCAGAACCGAAGGGAAGGUCACGGCAACAUAUCCCGGUAGCGUCAUCCACUACAAAGAAGUCCUAGAAACUAUCCGUGGUGAAGACUUUGACAUCCAGUAUUCUGAACACAAGAACAGAUUUGGCUUCAUGGGGAAUGGUUUGGCGGCCCUUGAGAUGAACGAGGAUGCGGAUUUGGCGUUUUACAUGUAUAAGUGA